CGCACCAUAGGUAUGCCGUAUGCCAGCGCCAAUCGUUUAUAUCCAUUUCAAAAUCAGUCGUUCACUUUUCUUGUUACAUUGACCUUGUAUGUAUUUAAUUAGUAUAGUAGUGUGUAUCCUCAAAUAUAAAUAUAUCUAAAUAGUUCUUACCUAAUCUAGUAUUCAACAGAUGAGCAAAAUAAAUAAAUAAUUUAUCUAAUUUUAUCGAUUUCUUUUAUCUCGGCAACAUAAACCGUUUUAACGUUUUACGGUCAUAUGUGAUGUGAUAUGAUGUGAUGGUAUGAUUGCUGAUGUUGAUGCAGUUGAUGAUAUACCUAACCGUUAUCUGUUAGAAUAAAAUUAUGUGCGGUUUUUAAAUUGGUAACUGGUACUGUGGAAAAAAACGUGAUUAAGUUUUAUACAUUAAACUUAUCUGUUUAUGAAAUAAAUAGUAUUAUUGUUAAGUAAUUGGAACAACCAUGGAAUCUGUGGAUAUUAUUAGUGAAGUAAAUAAUGACAUUGUUAAUCGAUUGGAUAAUAAAACACUUCAACGUGAACAGUCAGUGUAUUCAUCGAAAUCAAGUUUAAAAUUGAACAUAAAUCAACCGAAUAUACCGGAUGGGGGCUACGGUUGGAUAGUAGUUCUUGCAACUUUUUUAAUUUAUGCCAUAGCUGAAGGAAUAAGUUUCGCCUUUGGACUCCUAUACAUCGAGUUUAAACAAGAAUUUAAAUCAUCUAAAUCAGCGACUUCUUGGAUUGGCAGCUUGUUUGUAGCAUUACCUCUUGUAUCCGGUCCAAUAUGCAGUGCACUCGUAGACAAAUAUGGAUGUCAAAAAAUGACGAUAAUUGGUUCAGUGGUGUGUGCACUUGGUUUCGUUCUAAGUUCCUACGUCAACUCACUUGGUCUUAUGUAUCUUACUUAUGGUGUAUUAGGAGGAUUCUCCCGUGGAUUAUGUUACGUCACAGUGGUAGUAUCUGUUGCAUUCUGGUUUGAAAAAAGAAGAUCUUUAGCACUAGGUAUUUCUGCGAGUGGAACAGGUUUUGGAACAAUUAUUUUUGCACCGUUUACAACAUUUUUGCUAAAUCAGUUUGGAUGGAGAGGAACUGUAUUAAAUCUUGGUGGUUGCUUAGCUAAUAUGUGCGUCUGUGGUGCUUUGAUGAUCGAUCCUAAAUGGGUAAAAGAAGAAGAGUUACAAAAGAAAAAGAAUCAAAAAGAAAUGCAGAAAAAUGGAAAUAUCGAAUUAAAGGAAUUAAAUAGAUUAUUACCUGAAGAUGACUCUACAAUAGAAAAUGUAAACACAACCGAUAAUAGUAAAUCACAUGAAAAAAAAUCAUAUGGUCCUUUUGCUGCUUUGAUGAAGACUGUAUCCAGUUUUUCGUUGUUUUUGGAAUUACAUUUUUUUCUAUUGGCUUUAGCAACUCUCAUAGCUGGAACGUGGUUUUUAAUUCCAUACUUUUAUUUAGCUGACCACAUGAUUGCUAAUGGUUAUGAAGAGGACCAAGCUGCAGUAGCUUUAUCAGUUAUUGGAUUCAUGAAUAUUAUUGGAAUGGUAUUACUUGGAUGGAUUGGGGACAAAUGGCACGUGGCUAAAACAUUCGCAAUCUCAUUAACAUUGUGCGGCGUAAGCGUUUGGGCAAUCAUGUUUUCUACCAGCAACUAUAUACUAAUAAUGUUCAGCAGUGCUUCGUUUGGAUUCUUCUUUUCAAGUUGCUUUUCAUUGACUCCGUCUCUCCUAGCUGAAAUCGUCAGUAUGGACGACUUCACAAUGGGAUAUGGACUGAUUCUGUUGUGCGAAGGAAGUGGGCAUUUAAUUGGACCUCCUCUAGCUGGUUACAUUUCCGAUGUAUCAAAUUCAUGGUCGCAGUCGUUCUAUCAGGCUGGAGCUUGGAUUGUUGUUGCAGCCAUGUGCUUAGGAAUUAUCACUUGUACAAAAAAUAGAAGAUUAUUGGGAAAACUUAGAUCAGAACAAUAGAGCAUUUCUCAAAAAUAUAUAAAUCCUAAUUACAAGAAAAUCCAGUUGGAAGUUUCUUUAAUAUAAUUACACACGAAAGCGUGAUGAUAUAAAUGUUAAUCACACUGAAAAAAAUGAAGUCUGUUAUUUAUUAUAUUAAUAAUUGUCGUUUUUUUCGUACUCGUGAUAAUAAUAGUAUUCGUAAAUUUAUAAUUAACCUUAUGUAAAUUUACCAAUGUUUUAGGAAUAAGCAAUUUUAUAUAUGUAUAUUUUAAACAUUUAAAAUUAUAUAAUUGUAUUUGUGAUUGUCAUGAAAGAGAGAAUAUUAAUGAUUAUUUCAGCAACUUUAGUUUAUUUUUAUCGGCAAUAAAAUGUGAUAAUAAAAAAUGGCUUCUUUUAGAUUUAGAUCAAGUUAUUUGAUUGUAAUUAAAGUCCUUGCCUGAGUCGAUUGAAAAGUAGGAAUAAUUUAAUUUUGACUAAGUAAACUAUCAUUAUUGAAAAUGUGAUAAAUAUUGUAAAGACGUAUGUUUAAAGUAUAAUUACGAAUCAUUAUUUGUGUUGCUAUUUAAUAAAUUCUUGCGAUGUUUUAUUGAAAGUAUUAAUUAAAAGUUAAG